CAAAGUUUCCCUCUUCCUCCAAAGAGAAGUAAAAGUAGUCGUGAGCCAUACUUAUCUUUAGCCCAAGAGUACAAAACAACCAAAAUUGUGUGGAUAUUUGAUAUAUCUUCACAGCUAAGAAGCUAAACCUGUUUUUGUGCUAAAGAUAUCCUUCUUGUUCCUUCUAAUUCAGUGUUUGGUGGGGUUCUUGCUAUUUAUAGAAAAGGAGUAUAAGCAGCAGAUGGAUAGCUCAAUUCAACAAAUGUAAACCCGAACCUUUCGUACUGCAAAAAAAUGUCGCGAAGAGAGCCAUACGUCCUUUCUCUUAUAUUUUUUUCUCAUCUUUUCCUUACACUGAUCAGUCUUGUCGCUGUAAACGGAGACACUCAGAAGGUUUCGGAAUUCUACAUUGCUUUCUUGAGGGAUCAACCGGAUGAGGUAGAAUCUGUAUUCCAAUCGCAUAUUAAUCUCCUCUCAACUUUGAAGGGAAGUGAUCUUGAUGCCGAGGAGUCACUUGUCUAUAGCUACAACAGAAGCUUCAAUGCGUUUGCAGCAAAGCUGGAUGAAGAUGAAGCCAACGAGUUAUCGAGCAUGGACGGUGUGCUUUCGGUUUACCCUAACCGGUAUCACAAGCUGCACACCACAAAGUCUUGGGAAUUCAUUGGGUUACCUCAGACGGCACGAAGAAACGUAAAAAGGGAGAGCAACAUCAUUGUGGGGCUAUUAGACACAGGGAUAACUCCAGAGUCUGAGAGCUUUGCAGACAAUGGAUUAGGACCUCCACCUGCUAAAUGGAAAGGAACCUGCGGCCACUUUGCCAAUUUCUCAGGAUGCAACAAGAAGCUCAUAGGAGCCAGAUACUUCAAACUGGAUGGCAAUUUAGACCCAAAUGACAUACUAUCACCCACAGAUGUGGAUGGCCAUGGGACGCACACAUCCUCAACCCUAGCUGGAAAUCUAGUCCCAAAUGCAAACCUCUACGGGCUAGCAACAGGGACUGCCCGUGGGGCAGUGCCUUCUGCCAGGGUAGCCAUGUACAAGGUGUGCUGGGCCAGCUCUGGUUGCUCGGACAUGGACAUUCUGGCUGCCUUCGAUGCUGCUAUUCACGAUGGUGUCGAUGUGAUCUCCAUAUCCAUCGGUGGGGUCUCCGGUGACUAUGUCACGGACUCCAUAGCGAUCGCGUCGUUUCACGCCAUGAAGAAUGGGAUCAUCACUGUUGCAUCUGCUGGAAACGACGGACCCCGUGCGGGUACGGUGUCGAAUAACGCGCCGUGGAUGUUUACUGUUGCUGCUAGUGGCAUUGAUAGGGAGUUUAGGAGCAAAGUUGUGUUGGGAAGUGGCAAAACCAUAUCUGGGAUCGGGGUGAGCCUAUUUGACCCAAAGCAAAAGCCGUACCCUCUAGUCAGUGGGGAUGGGGUGGCCAAAAAUUCUGAAAGCAUGGACAAUGCAAGGUUCUGUUUUCAAGAGUCGAUGGAUCCUCGCAAGGUGAAGGGAAAACUUGUGCUCUGCAAGCUAGGAAUUUGGGGUGCUGAUUCUGUUGUGAAAGGGUUUGGUGGUGUUGGCGCCAUCAUUGAAAGUGAACAAUUUCUGGAUGCUGCCCAAAUUUAUAUGGCACCAGCAACCAUGGUGAAUACUGCUGUAGGCGAAACUGUCAGCGAAUACAUCAACUCCUCAAGAUCACCAUCGGCAAUGAUAUACAAGUCCCAGGAAGUUCAAAUCAAAGCCCCAUUCGUUGCUUCAUUUUCGUCUCGUGGUCCAAAUCCAAGAUCUGAACACCUACUCAAGCCUGACAUUGCAGCUCCAGGCAUAGACAUUUUAGCAUCAUAUACUCCUAUAAAGUCUCUUACCGGGUUGAAAGGCGAUACCAUGCAUUCCAAAUUUACACUCAUGUCUGGGACUUCUAUGGCAUGCCCUCACGUUGCUGGGGUCGCGGCCUAUGUCAAAUCAUUCCGGCCAAAUUGGUCUCCCGCAGCAAUAAAAUCAGCCAUAAUGAUCACCGCAACACCUAUGAGCUCAAGGGUGAACAAAGAGGCAGAAUUCGCCUACGGUGCUGGUCAAGUGAACCCAACCAAGGCACUGAGCCCAGGCCUAGUCUACGACAUGGACGAGAUGUCCUACAUCCAAUUCCUAUGCCACGAGGGCUACCCCGGAUCGUCCAUAGCAGUUCUAGCCGGCUCAAAAUUCAUAAAUUGCUCAGCUCUGCUUCCCGGAGUUGGCAGCGACGCUAUCAACUAUCCAACCAUGCAACUUACCUUAAAGAGUGAUCAACAGCCAACCGUAGGUGUUUUCAGACGGAUAGUCACUAAUGUUGGCCCUUCCCAGUCCAUCUACAAUGCCACCAUUAGAGCUCCCCAAGGAGUUGAAAUUACAGUUAAGCCCAUGAGUCUCUCGUUCUCUCGUGCCUUGGAAAAGAGGAGCUUCAUGGUUGAGGUGAAGGCUAAGACAAUAAAGGGCAUGGAAAUGAGAUCAGGUUCACUUAUAUGGAGAAGCUCAAGGCACAUUGUGAGGAGCCCUAUUGUUGUUCAUGAUAGUCCAGAAGAUUAGUAGGCCAGAUCAAAAUAUUAGUGAAAGAAAGUGAAGGAACAAUAAGUAUGUAUGUUUGUAUACACAUCAGUACACAGGUACAAAUUGUGUAGCAAUUUGGUUACACAAUUUGGAGAUGCUGUCAAUUACUCAGAGACUACCGUAACGAUAUUAGCUACGGAACCAGGUUGUAAUGUGGGGGUGUCAUGGCGUGAAAUUAUUUUAUGCUCUUGGAGUAAUGUGGAGCUCACAGAAGUAUGCAGUGUUGAGCCCCUGUGGAGCAAUGCUCCUGGAGCAUGGAAUAAUCACUCUGCCAGGACAGGUCCCCACCUUUGUGUAGCACCAUUGAUGCAGUAUUUUGUAGUGGCAUAUCUCACUGUGAAAGUAUGUAUUUAGCACCCUUGAUUUCCAAAAAAAUCUUCCAAGACCAUAA